UUAAGGCAGUUUUUGACAUGUUAAUCUUGAUGUGUUUUAAAAGCUGCCAAUCACAUUACUGAGGCAGCUCGAAAGGAAGACUUAUAGUGAAGGCACAUACUCUCGGAUGCUCAUGGUGUCUUCAUUUCACCCCAAACUAAGGUCUUCACAAUAGAUUUCUUUACCACAGAAAAGUUGUUGCUGUCUCCUUGCAGCAUGACCCCACGAGAUCACAUGAGGAAAAUGUCUAUCCUGGGAGAACAAGGAACACUAGAAGAAAAGCACUUGUACCGUUUAGCAAGUGGCAUGGCAGCAGGAGAACUGCGGCAGCGGCAGGAGAUGCUAAUGAGGAAUCAGCUGAUGGCAGUGAACCCGCAGCUGAUGGGGGCAGGCCAGCAGCGAAUGCAGGCCAUUCCCUCCCAGUUCGAGCCUCGACUGGUGGACAGGGAUCUGUUACCCUCAGCUGAAAUGAUGGCAUCAGCUGACCCAAGACAAAUCCACAUCACAUCCCACCUCGGGCCCACGGUCCCACCCCAUGCAAACAUGCCAAACAUCCUGUCCAACCGCGUGUACCCAGGCCCAGGAUAUAGUUUUCUGCAACCAGAAUCCAUGGAAGCUGUGGCCAGAAGACAGGAACUGGUUCAAAAGCAAAAUAUUGCCAGAAUGGAAAUGGAGAUGAGUGCUAUUUUUCAGCAAAAAGAAAUGGAGAAAGCUCACCGGAAAGGGCUGCUGGGCCUGGAGGCGCCUUUCCUUUAUCAUGGGAUGCCAGCUAGUCCCCUUGCUUUCCGUGGCAGGCACAGACUACCUGAAGGCCACCUUCCCAGCGACCUGUACGUCCACCGGACCACCCUUGAUGAAAUUCAUGGCAACACCAUGCUCAUGGCAGCCAGCCCAUACCCUCCAGUCAGCACUCUGCAAAGGGAGAGGGGACGGCGGCCAGGGAGAAGAGCUGGGAAUCACAAAUCCACAGACUGCAGUGCCAAUGGCACAAAGAACCCAGCUGAUGACAAAGCCACGGACCCUGCAGCAGCUGCAGCAGAUGAUGAGAAAGAAGACAAGAAAGAAACAGAGGUGGAGCCAACAAACAAACAUGAACAAAGCAAAACCCAGACAGAGACAUCCGCAGUUGCCAAAAACUGUAAAGAGUUUGAACAAGGCUUGAGAAAGAACUGUGCUACUCAUGAAAUCUCUACUGAAACCAACAGCUGCAACAACACAAAUGAGAAGGAAUCUAAUAGCUCCUGUGCUGCUUUUGAUGAGAAGUACAUGUACCCUUCUGCAAUCCCAUUCUCAGCAUUACCAUAUGGAUUUCCAGUACCCAGCAACCCACUGCUACCUUCAGGAGCACAUGGCCUGAUCCUGAAUGGAGAAGACAUUUCUUCCAUCGAAGACAUUCGCAAGUGGACUGUCGAUGAUGUAUACAACUUCAUCGUUAGCCUCCCAGGCUGCUCAGAUUAUGCCCAGAUAUUUAAAGACCAUGCUAUUGAUGGAGAAACCCUCCCACUGCUAACAGAAGAACAUCUCCUGGAUACAAUGGGAUUAAAACUUGGACCGGCACUAAAAAUCCGCUCUCAGGUGUCCCGACGUUUGGGCAACAUUUUCUACAUGAUGAAUCUUCCUCUGCCUAUGCCUCUGCCACCCACUGCAGGCAAAGCCUCGGAUCAGCCCUCUGACAUAGCCUCCCCUCUUCAGUGCAACAGCAGUGGUGAUACCAUGGACAGUCCCUGCUCCCAGGACCCAGAAACCUCCAAAGGAGUGGAACAGAUCAUUUCUGAAAGCAGGGAGAAUCCAUGUGAUGCAGCUGGAUCUCAGGCUGACUACCAGAUGGUCACUUUCCAGAAAAGCUGAGCUAAAUCCAGGAGUUGCUGAUCAUGUUGACCAUGUCCCUUGUCUAAAUAAACACAAUUAAUGAAUUCGUUUUCCAAGGGUCUCCUACCUCCUCAUGGUAUGAAGUACUUAAUUCACUUGAGACCUUCUCCACCCUAGAAGAGGAAUCUCUUGACGCGUUUCCAGGUCAGUGAGGCCACGAGAUGUCGCUGCAAAGCCACGGGAGGUUAUCAACGACCCCUUCACAAAGAAAACCAGCAGGCUGGAAGUACCAGUGGCCUCUGAAGAGACUGAACUUGUUUUUCUAAAGCAACAGCAGAGGAGCAUGACUUGAAAUACAUAAGCCAGGGAAGAAAGAUUGCCAUCUGGUUCUGAAAAGGAUGACUAUUUUUGUGAAUCAUUGAAUCAUAGCCUUGUUUGAGCUGGAAGGGACCUUAAAGAUCAUCUAGUUCCAAUCGCCCCUGUCAUGCACAGGGACACCUCCUACUAGACCGGGCUGUUCAAGGCUGCAUCCAACCUGCUUUUCAACUCCUCCAGGGCUGGAGCCUCCAAAACUUCCCUGGACAACCUGUCCCAGUGCCUCACUACCCUCAUGGGGAAGAAUUUCUUCCUGGCUCAGACAUGAACAAUGCCAAAAGCACAGAAAACUAGGAUGCAAACUUUGCAGUCUGGUACUACUUCUGCAAUUAAAAAAGCUGUAUGAUCCUUGGCAAAUACUGGGGUUUUCUUUCUAAAAUGACAAAAAGAAUGACUUCACAGCUUCCUGUACUGGAAGAGGGGAGAUGUGCCAGUGCAGCCAAAAUGCAGUAAGGCCUGAACUGCAAACAGCUGCAGAGCAAAAUAGGGAGGAAAGGGAUUUAUCUCAACAG